GCGGGUGGUCUGAAGGCCUUUGACAGCCGCACGGAGAACUCCACCAACACCGGUCAGCUGGGUGGUCUGCUGCAGUCUGCUACCUAUGUCGCUGGUCUGAGUGGUGGUAGCUGGCUGGUUGGUUCCAUGUUCGUCAACAAUUUCUCCACCAUCAGCAAUCUGCAGGCUAGCGACCGGAUCUGGGGGUUCUCCAAGUCUUUGCUCGAGGGUCCUAACUAUGACACCAUUCAAGUCCUGAGCACCUACGAAUACUGGAAGACCAUUACCGAACAGGUCGACGGGAAAUCGGGGGCCGGUUUCAAUACCUCGUUCUCGGAUUACUGGGGCCGUGCCCUUUCCUUCCAGCUGGUCAAUUCCUCCAAGGACGACGGCGGUGCUGACUACACCUGGUCCUCCAUCUCCCUGAUGGACGACUUCAAGAACGGCCAAUACCCCAUGCCUAUUGUGGUCAUGGAUGGCCGUAACCCCGGCGAGGUUAUUGUUGAGACCAAUGCGACGGUCUACGAGGUCAACCCGUGGGAGUUCGGCUCUUGGGAUCCAUCUGUCUAUGCCUUUGCUCCGUUGGAGUACCUCGGCUCGAGAUUCGAGAACGGCAGCGUGUCGGAGAACGGUACCUGUGUGCGUGGCUUUGACAAUGCCGGUUUCAUCAUGGGAUCCUCCUCCACUCUCUUCAACCAGUUCUUGCUGCAGAUCAACAGUACCGAUAUCCCCACGAUCUUCAAGAAUGCCUUGACCGACAUCCUGGAAGACCUGGGUGAGCGGGGUGACGACAUUGCCGUGUACUCCCCCAACCCCUUCCACGGGUACCGUGAGGCCAGCGAAGAUUAUGCCACCGCUGCCACCUUGGACGUUGUCGAUGGUGGUGAGGAUCUCGAGAACAUCCCGCUGCACCCCCUCAUCCAGCCCGACCGCCACGUGGAUGUGAUUUUUGCUAUUGAUUCUUCCGCCGAUACCGACUCAUACUGGCCCAACGGAACCUCGCUGGUGGCUACCUACCAGCGCAGCUUGAACAGCUCCGGUAUUGCCAACGGCACCGUCUUCCCUCCUGUCCCGGAUGUAAACACCUUCGUCAACCUGGGCCUGAACAAGCGCCCGACCUUCUUCGGCUGUGACCCGAAGAACCUGUCUGGUCCUGCUCCGCUCGUCGUGUACUUGGCCAACUCGCCUUACACCUACGAGUCAAACUUCUCCACCUUCAAGCUGACCUACUCGGACGAGGAGCGCGAUAACGUCAUCACCAACGGCUACAACGUGGUCACCCGCGGCAACGGCACCCUCGACUCGAACUGGACUUCCUGUGUUGCCUGCGCCAUCCUGCAGCGCUCGACCUACCGCACCAACACCACCCUGCCGGACAUCUGCACCACCUGCUUCAACGACUACUGCUGGAACGGCACGACCAACAGCACCGUGCCGUCGGAGUACGAGCCCACCCUGUACUUGACGACCAGCGGCUCGGGUAAGAGUAUGCUGCACCGCUCAGCGGCCGGUUUGGCCUUUGCGGUGACUAUGUUCUUGGCUUAUUAGAUGGGGGGAUUUGGGGAUGGAGACUUCAUGUACAAAUGUUGAUAGUUUUGGAUAUCUGUUGAUAGUAAUGGAUGCGAUGAAGACACGAUUGAUGGUUCUACUGC